AUGGCCAACUUGUUGCUGGCGGCGGUGGUGCUGCUGUUUGGGAGCUUGACCGCGGCCAAAACCGUCACAUACGACUUCAAUGUCAGUUGGGUGACCGCCAAUCCCGAUGGGCUGGCGGAGAGGAAAGUCGUCGGCAUCAAUGGCAAGUGGCCGCUCCCCGUCAUCGAGGUCGACAAGGGCGACCGGCUGGUGGUCAACAUGUACAACGGCCUGGGCGACAAGAACGCCAGCAUCCACUUCCACGGCAUGUAUCAAACCGACACCAGCAACAUGGACGGACCGUCGAUGGUCACGCAGUGUCCGAUCGUCCCGGGAUCCAGCUUCACCUACAACUUCACCGUGAACCAGAACGGCACCUACUGGUACCACUGCCACACCGACUUCUGCUACCCAGACGGCUAUCGCCAGGCCUUGAUCGUGCACGACCGCGAUGCCUUCUUCAACGAUGACUACGAAGAAGAAUUCACCGUCACCAUCAGCGACUGGUAUCACGAUUUCGUCGAGGACAUCCGGUUCCUGUCGCUCUAUAACCCUACCGGGGCCGAACCCGUGCCCAACUCCUUCCUCCUGAACGACACCCAGCACUCCAGCCUCCGCGUCAAGCCCAACACGACGUAUCUGAUCAGACUGAUCAACAUCGGGGCGUUUGUGUCACAGUUCUUCUACAUCGAAGACCACACGUUCAAAAUCGUCGAGAUCGACGGCGUGUACACCGAGCCCACCGAGGCCGACACGCUAUACAUCUCGGUGGCGCAGCGGUACAGCAUCCUCCUCACGACCAAGAAUUCAACCGACAAAAACUACCCCAUCGUCACGGUCGCUGACUCCGACCUGCUGGACGUGAUUUCCCCGGACCUGCAGCUGAACAACACGAACUGGCUGGAAUACAACGCCGAGGCGGCCCAUCCCCAAGCCGUCAUGACGGUCGAUGCCUCUUCCGAGAUCGUGCCCUUCGAUGACAUUACUCUCGUCCCUCACGACCACAUGGAGCUCCUCCCCGAGCCGGACUUCGAGAUCAACGUGACGGUCAUCAUGGGCAAUCUGCGCAACGGCUUCGGCUACGCCUUCCUCAACGACAUCACUUAUACGGCCCCCAAAGUGCCGACCCUCUACACGGUCAUGUCGUCCAGCGGCUUGGCCACCAACGCCGACAUCUACGGCGAUUACACCCACCCGAUGGUUCUGAAGAAGAACGACGUCGUCCAACUGGUGCUCAACAACGCCGAUGGAGGCUCCCACCCAUUCCACCUCCACGGGCACAACUUCCAGGUCAUUGACCGUGCGCCUCCCUACGGCGAACACUUCUACGACUUCGUCGACGGCGACCCGGUGGCCUUCGACCCCAACAACCAUUCCGCCUUCCCAGCCUUCCCAGCCAGGCGGGACACAUUCGUCCUCCCACCCCAGGGAUACUACGUCAUCCGCUUCGUCGCCGACAACCCCGGCGUGUGGAUGUUCCACUGCCACAUCGACUGGCACUUGGCCCAAGGGCUGGCCAUGACCCUGAUCGAAGCCCCGCUCGAGAUCCAGCAGAGGCACCAGAUCCCACAGCAGCACUAUGACGUGUGCCGCGCCGCGGGCGUCCCAUUCGAGGGCAACGCCGCGGCCGACACAUUCGACCUGACAGACCUGUCGGGCCAGAAUACGCAGGUCGGCCCUCUGCCCGGCGGGUUCACUGCCCGCGGCAUCGUGGCCCUUGUGUUUUCGUGUAUCAGCGCCUUCUUGGGCAUGGGUUUCAUCACCGUGUACGGGCUUUCGGAGCCAAAGGUGCUGAAGAAGGACCUCACCCUGCCAGCGGGGGAUGAGGUUUCCUCUGAGAAUGAGGCUGUCGCCAGCGCGAGUGUGGAGCCCAAACAGCUCGCCACGAGUCAGGGAUAG